AUGUCCUUCCAUAUAACAACAAGGCCUCUAUCUUUCAUCCAUAAAGCAUUGACAGCCAUAUUAUCCUUCCGUAUAACAACAAGGGCCUCUAUCUUCAUCCAUGAAGUAUUGACAGCCAUAUUAUCCUUCCGUAUAACAACAAGGCCCUCUUCAUCCUUCUUCCUUCCGUAUAACAACAAAGGCGUCUAUCUUCAUCCCAUUGACAGCCAUAUUAUCCUUCCGUAUAACAACAAGGCAUCUAUCUUCAUCCGUAAAGCAUUGACAGCCAUAUUAUCCUUCCGUAUAACAACAAGGCCUCUAUCUUCAUCCGCCUCUAUCUUCAUCCAUAAAGGCAUUGACAGCCAUAUUAUCCUUCCGUAUAACAACAAGGCAUCUAUCUUCAUCCAUAAAGCAUUGACAGCCAUAUUAUCCUUCCGUAUCCUUCCGUAUAACAACAAGGCCUUCUAUAAGAACUUCAUCCGUGAAGCAUUGACAGCCAUAUUAUCCUUCCCAUCUAUCUUCAUCCAAAGUACUGACAACCAUAUUAUCCUUCCGUAUAACAACAACAAGGCCUCUAUCUUCAUCCAUGAAGCAUUGACAGCCAUAUUAUCCUUCCGUAUAACAACAAGGCAUCUACCUUUCAUCCGUAUAACAAGAAGCAUUGACAGCCAUAUUAUCCUUCCGUAUAACAACAAGGCUUCUAUCCCAGAAGCAGUUCAUCCAAGCAUUGACAGCCAUAUUAUCCUUCCGUAUAACAACAAGGCAUCUAUCUUCAUCCAUAAAGCAUUGACAGCCAUAUUAUCCUUCCGUAUAACAAUAAGGCUUCUCUAUUCAUCCAAAGCAUUGACAGCCAUAUUUUCCUUCCGCAUAACAACAAGGCCUCUAUCUUCAUCCAUAAGCAUUGACAGCCAUAUUAUCCUUCCCAUUGACAGCCAUAUUAUCCUUCCGUAUAACAACAAGGCAUCUACCUUCAUCCGUAAAGCAUUGACAGCCAUAUUAUCCUUCCGUAUAUCAAAAAUUGAUAGGCAUCUAUCUUCAUCCAACAAGGCAUUGACGACAUCCAUAUUAUCCUUCCCCCUCCGUAUAACAACAAGGCCUCUAUCUUCAUCCGCCUCUAUCUUCAUCCAUAAAGCAUUGACAGCCAUAUUAUCCUUCCGUAUAACAAAUAAGGCCUCUAUAUUCAUCCAAAAAGAAUUGACAGCCAUUAUCCUUCCGUAUAACAACAAGGCGUCUAUCUUCAUCCGUAAAGCAUUGACAGCCAUAUUAUCCUUCCGUAUAACAACAAGGCCUCUAUCUUCAUCAGCAUCUAUCUUCAUCCAUAAAGCAUUGACAGACAUCCUUCCGUAUAACAACAAAACUAUUUCAUCCUUCCGUAUAACAACAAGGCCUCUAUCUUCAUCCGGAAGCAUUGACAGCCAUUUAUCCUUCCGUAUAAAUAACAAGGCAUCUAUCUUCAUCCCAUUGACAGCCAUAUUAUCCUUCCGUAUAACAACAAGCAUCUAUCUUCAUCCCAUUGACAGACAUAUUAUCCUUCCGUAUAACAACAAGGCCUCUAUCUAUCUUCAAGCAUUGACAGCCAUAUUAUCCUUCCGUAUAACAACAAGGGUUUCUAUCUUCAUCCAUAAAGCAUUGACAGCCAUUAUCCUUCCGUAUAACAACAAGGCCUCUAUCUUCAUCCAUAAAACAUUGAUAGCCAUAUUAUCCUUCCGUAUAACAAAUAAGGCCUCUAUCUUCAUCCAUAAAGCAUUGACAGCCAUAUUAUCCUUCCGCUCUAUCUUCAUCCAUAAAGCAUUGACAGCCAUAUUAUCCUUCCGUAUAACAAGGCGUCUAUCUUCAUCCAUAAAUUGCAUUGACAGCCAUAUUAUCCUUCCGUAUAACAACAAGGCAUCUAUCUUCAUCCAUAAAGCAUUGACAGCCAUAUUAUCGUUCCUCCCUUCUAUCUUCAUCCAUAAAGCAUUGACAGAGCACAUUAUCCUUCCGUAUAACAACAAGGCAUCUAUCUUCAUCCGUGAAAGCAUUGACAGCCAUAUUAUCCUUCCGUAUAACAACAAGGCUUCUAUCUUCAUCCUGAAAUCAUUGAUAACAACAAGCCAUAUUAUCCUUCCCAUUGACAGCCAUAUUAUCCUUCCGUAUAACAACAAGGCUAUCUUCAUCCUUAAAGCAUUGACAGCCAUAUUAUCCUUCCGUAUAACAACAAGGCACAUCUCCUUCAUCCGUGACAUUGACCAUAAACCUUCAUUGACAGCCAUCUAUCCGUAUUGGGGAAGCUUCCUUCCCAUUGACAGCCAUAUUAUCCUUCCGUAUAAGAACAAGGCAUCUACCUUCAUCCAUAAAGCAUUGACAGCCAUAUUAUCCGUCCGUAUAACAAGGCAUCUAUCUUCAUCCGUGAAACAUUCACAGCCAUUUAUCCUUCCGUAUAACAACAAGGCAUCUAUCUUCAUCCCUGAAGCAUUGAUAGCCAUUGUCCUUCCGUCUCUAUCUUCAUCCAUAAGCAUUGACAGCCAUAUUAUCCUUCCGUAUAACAUCAAGGCAUCUAUCUUCAUCCGUAAAACAUUGUCAGCAAUAUUAUCCUUCCGUAUAACAAAAACUGCUCUCUUCAUCCUUAAAGCACUGACAGCCAUAUUAUCCUUCCGUAUAACAAGGCCUCUAUCUUCAUCCCUCUAUCUUCAUCAAGAAAUUGCCAUAUUAUCCUUCCGUAUAACAAUCCAAAAGGCUCUAUUAUUCUUCAUCCAUAAAGCAUUGACAGCCAUAUCCUUCCGUAUAACAACAAGGCAUCUAUCUUCAUCCCCACAUUAUCCUCCGUAUAACAACAAAGGCAUCUACCUUCUCUGUGGAAGCCUUGACAGCGAUAUCAUCCUUCCGUAUAACAACAAGGCUUCGUCUCCUCAUCCAUCGCCAUUGACAACCAUAUUAUCCUUCCGUAUAACAACAAGCAUUGAUGUCAUAUUAUCCUUCCGUAUAACAACAAGGCCAUCUAUCUUCAUCCAUAACGCAUUGAUGUUUCAUAUUAUCCUUCAGCAACAACAAGGCAUCUACCUUCAUCCCAUUGCCAGCCAUAUUAUCCUUCCGUAUAACAACAAGGCCUCUAUCUUCAUCCUUAAAGCAUUGACAGCCAUAUUAUCCUUCCGUAUAACAACAAGGCCCUCUAUCUUCAUCCAUAAAGCAUUGACAUGUAUUAUCCUUCCGUAUAACAACAAGGCAUCUAUCUUCAUCCGUGAAGCAUUGACAGCCAUAUUAUCCUUCCAUAUAACAACAAGGCAUGUGUACCUUCAGCCCAUUGUCAGCAAUAUUGUCCCGCAUAACAAAAGGCAUCUAUCUUCAUCCGUAACAACAAAACUUCUCUCUUCAUCCUUAAAACGCGGCAGCCUAUCUUCCAAUAACAACAGGCAUCUACCUUUAUCCGGUAGCAUUGACAGCCAUAUCCUUUUCCGUAUAACAUCAAGGUCUCUAUCUUCAUCCGCAUCUAUUCUUCAUCCGCAAAGAAGGCUUCUCCCUUCAUUAUAUUAUCCUUUCCGUAUAAAAUCUAUCUUCAUCCGCAUCCUAUCUUCAUCCUUCAAAGCAUUGACAAAGGCCUCUAUCUUCAUUAUCCUUCCGUAUAACAACAACGCAUCUAUCAUCAUCCCUGAAAUAUUGACAGCCAUAUUAUCCUUCCGCCAUAUUAUCCUUCCGUAUAACAACAAGGCCUCUAUCUUCAUCCAUGAAGCAUUGACAGCCAUAUUAUCCUUCCGUAUAACAACAACAAGGUUCUAUCUUCAUCCAAAAGCAUUGACAGCCAUAUUAUCCUUCCGUAUAACAACAGCGUCUAUCUUCAUCCAUAAAGCAUUGACAUGCAUAUUAUCCUUCCGUAUAACAACAAAACUAUCUAUCUUCAUCCGUGAAGCAUUGACAGCCAUAUUAUCCUUCCGUAUAACAACAAGGCCUCUAUCUUCAUCCAUAAAGCAUUGA